UUUGAACUUAUGCUCAUUAGCAUUUUUACAAUGUUUUCCUAAGCAUGUAAAUAUGUAUAAUAUCUAUUUUAAUAAAAAAAAAACCAGCAUAUUAUAUGUAUCUUAUUUUUAAACGAGCGGAAGUCAUUUUAAGAAAAACACUCAUUGAACAAUAAAAUGAUGUUAUUAUCCGACCAUAUUGUAUAAGAAAAAAAAACUAUUUCUGUGAUAUGUGAGUUAUUUUUGUGAUGAAAAGCUAAACAAAAAGUUAUACAAUAAUCUAUGCAUUAUUUAUUUUUUCAGUAACAAUUCCCAGGUAAAGGAAUUGUUUCCUUCUCUGAUGACAUUGGUCACCAAUUUUUCCAAGCGGAAGACACCUCUAGCGAAUGGAGAUAGAAUAUAUGAUCUGUACAGACUUCAUCUUUUCAGAGAUAUGGCGGACUCGUCUCAACCGGACGGUGAUAUGUUCAGUGGCUGUGUGACGAUGAUUCAAAGCAUACUAACGGACGGAAGUGAACAGAGUACUAAGAAACAAGAAAUGAUCGGGGAGGCGCUAAAAGACUGUGUUUUAAAAGUGAAGAGUUUGACCCCUGCACAAGGAAAGGCACUGCUAGAUUUGCUUCUAACUAUGAUAAAAUCAGGAAAGAUAAAAAUGCUACAAGCGGCGAACAAAACUUUAGAGACGAAGGAAUACACAAAAACACUAGUCUGGCAGAAUUUGAUAGCAGAAGCGAAACAGUUCUUGGUUGUAAUUGGAACAAUGAAAGGAAGUCAGAUGGAAGAAGAUAAAAGAGGCAAUAACGAGUUUGAUGGCGUGUUAACACAAUUAAAAUCUAUUAUCAAUACACUACUGGAAUUGUUUAGGAAAGGGAAGAUUUUGAAAGAAGUUCUAAAGGUUCAAGUGACAUUAAUAUUUGACUGUUUGGAGAGUACAGACCCUAUCAAAACAGAAUUAGCUAAGGCAGCAUCAAACGUGACGUACUUAAUUCUCUCGGCAAAAGACAAGGAAAUAGCUGAUUUGAUACUAGACAAGAUUGAUAAAAUGUUGAAGCAGCCGGAUGUGAAGUGGGACGUGGACAAAACAGUAACAGUGCAAUAUUUGCUAGACGCUGUUAUUACAUCUUACAAUGAGAGCGGGAAGAAUGUAACAGAUUCUCAGAAUGGGAAGUUCUUGUCAAUAUUUGCCACGUGUUGUGAAGGUGAAAACAUAUCAGACAAACUAGUUGAUCCAGAGGGAGAAAAUAAGUGGACUGUGUUUUACUUGGUCUACACUUCAGCAGGAAUCAAUUAUAUAUCUAUACACAGUCAGUCUAAAACAUUGGUACGUUGCCUACCAUUUAUCAAGCACAUUUUGAAAUGGGCAAGGAUUGCAAUGGAGGAAGAGCAUGAUGGCAUAAAGUCAGCGAGUUUUGGUUGCCUACAUAUUGUAGGCGUUUCUUUGUCACCGGAAAUAGCCGUUAUUACUCCGGAAGUUGUUGAUUUGUUCUUGUCAAUUGAUAAACCGUCCGAGUUGAUAAAUUUAAUGCACGGUCUUUAUGUAUUCAAUCAAGAACCAGUUCAUAAUAAAUUGCAGUUAAUUAUUGACAAUAUGGACGAUAUGAGUCACAGUGAACGUGUCUCUCUGUGUGUUUUGCUUGGAGAGGUUGCAGGUAAAAGACCGCAGGUCUUUACAGAAGACCAAGUUGGCAAACUGAUAGUAUUUGCAAUUGAGGAUUCUCAAUCGCAACCGAUGUACUUCCAUAUAUUCAAUCAAAUUGCUACACCAUGCCCAAAGACGAUGCACAAACAGUUUAGCAAGCUUCAGGACGACGCUGCAUACAACAGCUCGAUUUUUGUUUUCAGGAUGAUGAUUAUCGCCCGUAUUGCAUGUUAUGAUAAGACACUUACUAGUGAAGCUGCAGAAUUUGCAUUGAAACACAUAAAACUUACUGACGUGACUACAACACAACAAAUUUUAAGCCAAGUGUUUCUUUUGGCUCGCAAUGAUCGUGAGGGUAUGCUAAAUUAUAGAGACCGUUUCGAGAGUUUGGAGGAGAGGGCCUCGGAUAAACCUGAAUUGAAGGACUAUUUCAAAAAUAUUGUUAACGCAAUAGAUGGCAAAAGUGUAGAGGGAGUAUUUGAAGAAAUGCAACAGAUUCAAGAUGACAUAUUUGACCUUGACAAGAAGGUUGGCGCUACCAUGAACACCGUUGUUUCUCUUGGAGAACAUGUGAUUGAGCAGGGUAAAGAUAUUGAUAAAGUAAGGUCAGAUGCUGAUAAUUUGGAAGAGCGAGUAGACGUUGUCGAAGAAGAUCUUGGAGAAACGAAAGUAAAAGUCGAAGAAAUUGACAAUAAGACAAUGACAAAUGCCCCCAGAUGGUCACGUGACCUUACCAAGCUGCUUAAUCCGAAGACGGAAAAUGACUGGCGUCUUUUGGCUAAACGACUGGGGUACAGCAAUGAUGACAUUCGCGCAUGGGCACAGCAGAAUGAUCCCUGCAUGGCUUUACUGAGCGAAUGGUACGCUACACACAAAACAAGCGAAGCAAAUUUUGGGAUAUUGACUCAUCUACAGGAAAUGAACAGACUGGAUGGUGCUGUAAUUGUUGAAAAUGCAAUGAAAGCGACUGAAGAUGUUGUGGAAGAUGAAGAAUUUGAAUACCCUUCACCUCCCCCGAUAUUUCUCAGCUAUCAGUGGGGAGUUCAAAAUGAGGUGAAACUCUUGAAGCAACACCUAAACAUGGCGGGGUAUGAAUGUUGGAUGGAUAUUGGUCAGAUGGGAGGCGGUGACAAACUAUUCAACAAAAUUGACAGUGGUAUCAGAGCUGCUAAAGUUAUCAUUUGUUGCACGACGGAGAAAUAUGCACAGUCACCAAACUGCAACAGGGAGGUAAACCUGUCAGUAAACCUAGGAAAGCCAAUUAUACCAUUACUGAUGGAAAAGAUGGCUUGGCCACCAAAAGGAUCUAUGGGACCGAUCUUCAGCGAAUAUUUAUUUAUCCGGUUCCAUCAGAGGAAUGGUGAGGAAACAGAUGACCAGAGGUACUGGCCGAUUGCUAAAUUCCAGGAACUGUUGAUGCAAAUGAACUUUUAUGCAGUUCCUGAUCCGAAACUGAUCAAACCAGUAUAUUCGAAUUGGUGGAAUCCAAUUGUAGAAGAUAUCAAAAUUGACAAAAACCAAAAUGCCAGCGGUACUAAGAACACAACGAGCAACAAAGCAGACACGAAUGAGCCAAACACUGAUGUUUCGCCACUGAUCUUCCUGUCCUACCAGUGGGGGAGACAACCACAGGUUAAAGCAUUGUAUGAACGAUUGGUUUCCCUUGGUUACACCGUUUGGAUGGACAUCUUUCAGAUGGGUGGGGGAGAUUCUCUGUACGAUAAAAUAGAUCGUGGAAUGAGAGGAUGUAAAGUUGUCGUGUCGUGUGUUACACCGAAGUACGCACUGUCAGCAAAUUGUAGACGAGAAGUGAGCCUGGCUGAUGCGUUGAAGAGACCGAUUAUACCUCUGUUACUAGAACAAAUGACGUGGCCCCCAGACGGUCCAAUGAGCAUGAUUUUCACUGAACUGCUUUACAUCAAUGUCUACCGCGACGCAGACAUUCAGACAAAAUGGAAUGGACCAAAAGUCGAAGAAUUGAUCGGAAAAUUGAAGAUAUAUAUACCAGAUAAAAUGGACGAAGGGCCUAAACAGCCAAAAGAGAACGGUACAGGUAAAAGUAAUGAAUCUGGAAAACCAGGAUCUGACAGACCUAAAGCAUUAUCCGCGACUGCGAAAGCAAAAGAAAAUGAAACAAGUAAACCAAAAUCUGAAGCGAAUUCAACUAGCAAUCAGAGCAACAAAAUAGCAGAAGACGUUAAAGGUCAUCAGAGCAAAGAGAAAGAAGAAAGUAAGCAAUCAGAAAAAUCAGGAUCAGGUAAACCAGAUGCAUUAACCGGCACUGAAAAAGCAAAAGAACAGGAGACAGCUAAACCGAAAGCUGAAAAAUCUGCCACUCAGUCUGAAAAUGUCGAAAGUACUAAAACUGACAAUAAACAAAAGGAGGAACCUAAGGAAACGGAAACCAAGAAAACGUCAAAAUCAUGUGUUUUACUGUAGGAUAACUAUGGCAAAACCUGCUUUACCCAUGAUUUAAAGCUUAAGUCAAACCAUUGAUUUAUCAGAAAUAAUAAAGUUUUCCCGUUUGUUUGUAAUAGAAAAAGGCUACAAGGUAGGAAUAUAUACUGUUAUGUGAUUUCUAACUGAAAUAGACUUCAAUUGUAUAUUAAUUCAGUGCGUUCAUGUACAACACGUGGACUUUGUAUAUAUAGUCUUACGACUUUUAGCCGUAACAAAUCAAAGAGCAUAGCAUUUUAUGACGAUAAAACCAUCUGCCUGCGGUGAGAUUCGAACUGGGGUCGCUCCAGGGAUAGUCCAAUGCUCUAACCUCUGAGCCAAAGAGUGGACUUUCUGACGCUGUUGUUAGAGAUUGGCUUUAAAUGGGCAGGCUAGCGUAAGCGACAGUAACAAUAGAAUAAUAAAAAUUUAAUCCGCAGCAAUCUUUCAUUUUACGAAUUAGGAUAUUUAACAUGCACAAUUUUGCAUAAACAAAGAGCUAUAAAAAUAAAUAGAUUGGCAACUUGAAAGGCAUAUAGAGCAAAUCUCGCCAACCUCCCGUGACAAAAAAACGAGAUCUCGUUUACCGGAAGUGGCGCUUUCUCCACGCGCCAUUUUGUAUGCGAAAGCAAUUAUUCAUCGGUAAAAUAAUUAUCACCGUAUGACCAGGCUUCUUUCGAUGGCAAAAAAAUGUGUACUUCGUGUCUUAAGACCAUUUCAAAUUAAACUAAUUUUGUUUUAGAAGCUAACAUGUAUUUUAAAUGUAGUUUUAAAGGUACAAAUUGUAACUCCAUGCUCGCCGAUGUUUGUUUUUAGUAAGAUAACGCCGAAUCACGCUCUGACACGAGCUCACGCGAGAUUACAGCCAGUUGCCAUUCUGUGUAUUUUAUACUUCUUUGGCAUAAAUGACUUAUAAAUGGAGAGAAAAUCAGUUAAAAAGGAAUAUUUUUGAAAUUAUAUAAAACAUUAAAUAAUGUUAGCACUAAUAAGUUGACAUGUUUUACUUACCUUUUUUUAAUUUAUAUUCUAAUUUUUAUUGAUAACAUUCCAAAAAAGGAUUAUAGCUUAUUGUUGAAACAAUUUUUUGAUUGUAACUACUAGUUCCUGUGGUUAGUGGUUCUAAGUAUAUAUAUUUUUACUGUGAUAAAUUAUUCUUCCUAUGUCAUACAAUACUAUAUCUUAAGGACCACAACGGAAAUAAGAGUUUAUUUUAACUCUUUUUUGUGUUAUCCUUAACAUAUAAUGUUGAUUGACAUGGCUACAUUAAUUCAUACAUGUUUGUUUAUUGUUUGAUUAUAUGUUUUAAUUAUAAGUCGCCAUGUAAAUUGUACAUUUUAUGUUGAAAUAAAUCUAUCUAAGUAGAAAUACUUAUAAUCUUUUUUUUCCAUAAAUCUUAACAUGUUUUCUUUACAAUUUCGCUGAGAUCUUAUGCAUGUACUUAAUAGAAUAUAUAGUUAAAGAGUGUGCUUCGUAGCUUUUGGUGAUAUUCCUAGUAUAUGAUUUAAUCAUUUGUUGAUUUUGCGCUAGUGUUUGUCUUAUCAUAAAUAUUAGAUUAUCAGCCUAACGUCUUGCAUUGCUUUUGGAUAGUGCUAAAUAGGCUAGCUAUUGAAAGAAUUCUUAACAUACUGUGCAAUCCUCUAUACGGCAAAAACUGUCAAAGGGUCAUAACUGCAUUAAAAUAUUUACAGAAAAACAUUCCUUCCUUUAAGGUAAUCCUCACAUCAAGCUUGUUCAUCUGUAAAAAUUUGAAGCAAAUCAGGCUAAUAGUCUAGGAGGAGUUGGGCACACAUUUUUUUCUCUAGAUUCUAUAUAGCAAAAUCUAUCAAGGUAAAAAUAAUCACAGAAAAAAUCCUUCCUUUACGGUCAACUACACAUCAAGCUUGUUGAUUUGUGAAAUUCUGAAGCAAAUCAGGCUAAAUAGUGUGGGAGGAGUUGGACACAAGAUUUCGGACGGACGUUCGUACGUACGGACAGCAGCAACGCUACAUGCCCCUCACAUAAAUGUGUGGGGGCAUACAAAAAUGAGAUUGAAAACGAAAACGGUCUUGGUCAAAUGGAAAGAAACACUCCAAAAGAGUGUCAUGCGGAUAAAAUGUUGGUCGGUUUUCCGAAACUAGAUCCAUAUACUAUUUUAUUUCUAAUUUGUGCGACAGGUAAUAUUAUAUGAUUUGUUGUAUUUUGAUGAUUAAGAAACAUUUUACAAAUUUGACCAUCCCGGUUUUAUCCCGGUGGAUACACUUGUAGCGAUCGAUUUAGAUCACGAUGUGUCAUUUAAUACUGUACUGUGCCAAAUACAUUUCCUGUAUUUAUAGCUGUUUUUAUGUGAUAUACUUUUUUGUUCAGUUGAAAAUUAUUAACAUAGCUCAGCGAAACAAUAAAUCUUAUCAAA